CCCCCACCGCCGCAAGGAGUGCGCCGCCGUCCGUUGCGUUCAGGGCCACCGUAUCUUCGUCCGGUCGUCCGCGGUGCUUCGUCAUUCAUCAAUCGGUGCGUCACUGCAUCUUCUUCGAGGUCGCCGUCAGUGGUCUUCGUCUUCCUCGAGCUCGCCGUCAGUGGUCGUCGGGGUCGAAGUCUCCAACGGUACAACCCCUCUCCUCAUUCACCAAGCGCAGAUUCUUCCUCAAGCUCGCCGUCCGCCGUCUGCCUUCAUUGCCCUCCGUUGAGCUCCCUCACCCCUGUGCUUUGGAAGUGAACCAGUGCCAUGGACGAGGGCCAAGAGAUGGAGAGGUUCGACGAUGAUGACGACGACUAUUAUUCCAGCAAGAAACGCAGGAAGGACCUUUCCACGAAGCAGAUUAAGGAAGGGGUGAUGUGGAGGGAGAGGGAGAAAUUGGAGAAGAAGAGGGGUCAGGGUCAGAGUUCGGAUCAAGAUGGGUUUGGUAAUGCGGGGAAAUUCUAUAACAAUGGAAUAGGGAUGAAGCUGUUGGAAAAGAUGGGUUAUAGAGGGGGCGGUCUUGGAAAGAAUGAGCAAGGUAUUGUGGGUCCUAUCGAGGUGAAAAUGAGGGCUAAGAAUUCAGGUAUUGGUUUUAGUGAUGCAAGGGAGGUGCCGCCACCACCGUUGCCUGUUUUGCAGCAACGGAACAAAAGCACAGUGCAGCCUGCGGCUAGCAGAACAAAGGAGAGGCUGUGGUCAAAGCAGUCACGGUUGAAGAAGAAAGAGGAGGAAGUGUAUGUUACUGCUGAGGAGUUGUUGGCAAGCAAGCAAGAACAGAAUUUGGAGGUUGUUCAGAAGGUUUAUGAUAUGAGGGGGCCACAAGUUCGGGUUUAUACAAAUUUAUCUGAUUUAAAUGCUGAGGAGAAAGCAAAGGAGGAGGAUGUCCCAAUGCCGGAACUUCAGCAUAACGUUGGAUUGAUUGUUGGGUUGGCGGAGGCUGACAUUCAAGAGAUUGAUAGAGAUUUGAGGAGAGAAAGGGAGACAGCUCUCAGCUUGAAAAAAGAAAAAGAGAAGUUAGAAUCUGAAGCAGCAUUCCAAAAGCGUCAACUGGAUAAUAGGGAGGAAAUAAUGAGCGUCUUGGACGAAGUAGGCGAAGAGAGCACUUCAGGAACACUAACAUUAGAUUUCCUUGCUAGAUGCUUCACUGACUUGCAUGAGAGAUAUGCCGAUAGCUACAAGUUGUGUAAUUUGUCCUGCAUUGCUUGCUCAUAUGCUCUUCCUUUGUUUAUUAGAGUGUUCCAAGGUUGGGAUCCUCUUCGAAAUCCAUCUCAUGGGUUGGAGUUGGUAUCUACGUGGAAGACUGUCUUUGAUGCUGUAAAUUGGGAACAACUUAUGCUUCGAUUUAUUGUGCCUAAGUUGCAACUUGUCUUGCAAGAGUUUGAAGUCAAUCCAGCAAGUCAGAAGCUCGAUCAAUUUUUUUGGGUAAUUAAAUGGGCUUCUGUGAUUCCAAUUCAUAUCAUGGUGGACAUGAUGGAGAAGUUCUUCUUCACAAAGUGGCUUCAGGUUUUGCAUCACUGGUUGUGCUCAAAUCCUAACUUUGAAGAAGUUAUGAAGUGGUAUAAUGGAUGGAAGGAGCUUAUUCCAGAAGAACUAUUGGCAAAUGAAAGUAUCCAAUUCCAGAUUAACCGUGGUUUAGAUAUGAUGAGUCAGGCUGUUGAUGGAAUGGAGGUUGUCCAACCGGGUUUGAAGGAGAAUAUCAGCUAUCUUCGGGUACGUGAGCAACGACAAUUUGAGGCUCAGCAGAAAGCAGCAACCUAUGCUCAACAGCAAGCUGCUGCAGCAUUGGGUUGUGCCAACGCAGAUGGUGUGCAUGAUUUGAGCUUGAAAGAAGUCAUUGAGGCUCAUGCCCAGCAUCAUGGUUUGUUGUUCAAGAUUAAGCCUGGUAGAAUGCACAACGGUCACCAAAUAUAUGGGUUUGGUAAUGUCAGCAUAAUAAUAGACUCGCUACAUCAGAAGGUAUAUGCUCAACAUGAGGAAACAUGGUCCUUGAAAUCUCUUCAAGGAUUGCUAGAGUUGCAUAAUAAAUCCCUUGGUAAAAGACACUGAUUUCUGUAUUCUAGUGUAAUUAAAACACAAAAUAUUAAAACUCAAAGGGAGCCGUUGAAUUACCAGCCCUACAGGAAUCUUUUCUAUUUACAGGUCUGCAUGCAUCUGAGAAGUCCAGUCAGGCAGAAAGGAAGAAAGAACAA